AUCUUAGUGUGGUGUUGGGGUGGUGCCAUCCUGCGCUAGCGGAUUGCAAAUACGCGCUUGAAAUUGACGAAUACCACCAGAACACCGGUUGGAAUAGUACCAAACCGCCCCCAUCCGACAUCCGCCGUACCAAUUUCCGAUUCCUGCAUCCACGCGAGGCUGGACAGGCAAUAAGUAGCCACGAGGCUGAGGAGAGAGCGGGUUUACUGCCCGUCCCGCAUAGAUAUUCUACACACUGCCCCUCCCUCUCCCCUCACCAUCCCGCUCUCCCAGACAUCCACCAUCCACACCACCUCACUCCCCCAAUAUGGCCGGCAAACCCACCCUAAUCCUCUGCCCGGGCGCCUGGUACCCGCCCACGGCAUUCGGCCCCCUGAUCGCCCAACUGCCCGGCUACACCACCCACACGGUCGCGUUCCCGUCCAUCCAGCAAGCCCCCACCAUCGAGGACCUGCAGCCCGACAUCACGACCAUCCGGACGCUGGUCGAGGUCGAAGCCGCGGCGGGCAACGACGUGGUGGUCAUCUCGCACAGCUGGUCGGGACUACCGGUGAACAGCGCGCUGGAUGGGCUCAGCAAGGCGGAGCGCCAAGCUGCGGGCCAGGCGGGCGGGGUGACCAAACUCAUCUUCCUCUCGGCCUUCAUUCCCGACGUGGGCGAGAGUCUGAUCGGGGCGUUUGGAGGCGUUCCGCCUGAUUGGUAUUUGCGCGAUGAAUCCAACAACACCGUCACCGCCAAAGACCCUUACAGCCUCUUCUUCCACGACGUACCGGACGGCGAAACCUGGGCGGAGACCCUGCGCCCACACUCCUGGGCGACGAAGAACACCCCCGCGACGAGCGCGGCGUACACGCGCAUUCCCGCCGCGUAUCUCCUGUGCGAGGAGGACCGGGCGAUCCCGCUGUUCGUGCAGGAGUUGAUGGUGGAGAAGGCGCGGGGGAAGGGCGCGCAGAUCGAGACGGAGAAGAUCAAGACGGGUCAUUCGCCGUGGUUGGUCGAUCCGGUGCCGGUGGCGGGGUUUGUGGAGAGGCAUUUGUAGGUUUCGGUAUGGGUAUAGGGGUUGAGUGUUGAGGAUGUUGG